AUGCAGCCUUUGACGUAUUACAACAAUAAUAACGAGCCUGUCUGUUUACCCGAAAACUAUCUUCAGAAGCAAAGACCAGUCAAAAAGGCGAAGGCUGCUAUGGUGAUCUUGACAAGAAACAGCGAAAAGGAUGCAGUUACGGAAACCGUCGUCAACUUUGAAGAUAAAUUCAACAAAAACUUUAAAUAUCCUUACGUAUUUCUGAAUAAUGAGUCAUUUGAUGAACCAUUCAAGAAUGCAAUUCGCGCUGUCCUGUCACCCGAGACAGAGGUCAAAUUUGGUUUGAUUCCUCAAGAGCAUUGGGGCUAUCCAGCAUGGGUGAAUAAGCAAAAAGCAGAGAAGGCUCGUCAAGAGAUGGAUCGCAAUGGCGUUUAUUUCGGCGGUUUGGGGAGCUACCAUCACAUAUGUCGCUACUAUUCUGGUUUCUUUUACAGACACCCGUUGUUGGAUGAGUACAGCGUUAGAACGAGAGUUUAUGACCCAUUAUGA